UGUGUGUGUGUGUGUGUGUGUGUGUGUGUGUGUGUGUGUGUGUGUGUGUGUUAUAAAGCAGUGCUGUGUUUAUGUAUUAUCAGUCACUCCAACUAGCCAACAUGAACACACACCUUGUGACAAUCGCUUUGCUGGUGUUCAGCGUCGCUGCCCUAGACAGGUGUAUCCCAGACUGCACGGGUGUUGAACCUGGUCUGGCUGUGCCGGAUCCGUGGAAUUGUACACAGUACUACUACUGUCUGAAUGAUGAGGUACCAACGGGAACCUCACAUAGCUGCGACACAGGGGAUCACUUCGACCCUUCUGUCAGCCUGUGUGUGGCAGGCUCGCAGUGCCAGCCAAUCUGCGCACCGUGUCAACCAGAUUGUAAGGGCCACUCCGAAGGCGAUUUUGUAGAGGAUCCAGUGGAUUGCACGAAAUUCUAUGUGUGCGUGCAUGAAGACGAGCCAUCUCAACACCCAAUAGCGUGUGAACCUCCUACGGGCGUGUUUGACCCUGUGAAUGGCUUAUGUAUCUCCGGUGACACGUGCGUUUCUUCCUGUGGCGGGGAAACGUGCCAUCUUCGCUGCAGAGGUAACCAGGACCUCGUCGCCAACCCAGAGAAUUGCAGGGAAUACUUCCAGUGUGACAGCAACCUCGACCUGCAGGGACCCAUGACGUGUCCCAGCGAGAGGCCUUACUUCGACGGGUGGAACUGUGUGGAGGACAGCUGGAAGUGCUGCACCCCUGAGUGCUCCCCCUAUUGCCACACCGGCGACGUGCAAAUCAUUGACCCCUACGACUGCACCAAGUACUAUAUAUGCUCUGGAGAAGGGCCCGCCCAUGAGGCGAACCACCACUCCUGCCCACACGGCGAGACCUUCCAGUCUUCCUCCAGCAAUUGUAAGGCAGGAGCACCUUGCCUUACCCUCUGUGGCAACCAUCCUUCAUUUACCACCACCACCAGCUCCACCACCUUCAUCUGCAGCACCUUCCCUGACUCAACGUCCACAACGCCCGAGUCCACCACAACCAGCACAACCACCACAACCACUGACCCGGACUGCGUUGCCUCCAUCAACUGUCCCGACAAAGGGAACUACCGCAUGUGCGAGUACUGCAAUGCGGGAUACUUCAAAUGCAACGCAGCAGGCCAGGUCGGGGUAGCUACUGUGUGUGAUCCUGGAUUUCUCUUCAACACGGACCACAACUACCCGUUCUGCGUGGAAGCUGCCGAGUGCCCUUACACGCCUCCACCCUUCCCCUAACUCGCCCUCUGACUACGUGGCAAUGAUUAACAUAUCACCAAAUCAAAUUUUCCUUAGUCACAACCCUAAACACUGUAAAGUCAUCCUUUCUUUACUCAAAUUAUACAAACUCGGCAUUGCAGAAAAAUCAUGAUUCUUUUAUUCUCGUGUGUGCUCGUGAAGACUCACAGUGCCUAUAGUAGUGUGUUGCUGCCUGUCACAAUGAAGGAUCACAUCUCAGCACCACUGUUCUGUUACUCUAUUGUUAACUACUUCUUUGUAAUGCUUACCUAUAUAAAAGAAUGAAUGUUAAAUCAUACUUUCAUACUUUUAUCUAGUCAUUAUUAUUUUCACCUAAUUAAAAGUUUUUACUCUAUCCUUGGCCAGUCUUUUCUACGUAUUAAAAAACAUAUAUAAAAACGAUAUAAAAGAUAAAAUUCAA